AUGCAAGUGCUGACCUAUUGCCAGAGCGACGACACGCAUAUAGAUAGAAGCGCAUUGAGUCGCAUAUCUAAUGAAGGAUUUGGGCCAGACUCGCCCAAUCCGCCAGGGUACUAUCGCCGACUUCUACAUGAUGUCUUCGAGGCGAUACGAUCAGAUCAUGGCCAUCAGCAGGAAAUACUGCGAAUGAUCCGAGAUCAUGUUCCACUGCAUCAGAUUCGAACCUAUCUAGAUCAGGCUCUGCCAGAGACUCAGGCAGUCAAAACAGAAGAACCCUCCAAGAAGGUGAAAGUGCAUGAGAUUCCUGAGGAUGAUACACCGCAACCUCGACCGCAUGCGAUGGACAUUCGCUACUUAUGCGACAAUGCUCCCUGCAAAGUCCCAGCCAAACCAUGGACCAAUGUUACAGAUGACGAUGAUCUCGUGUCGCAUCUUGUCUCUCUCUAUAUGACGUGGGAUUAUCCAUUUUAUGCGUUCUUUGACCGCAGGACUUUUUUGGAGAAUAUGGAGAAAGGAAAUUUGAACUCGGACUUUUGCAGUCCUUUCCUUGUGAAUGCCUUGUUGGCAAAUGCAUGCGACUAUUCACAGUACGCCGAGGUUUACACCAUCGCAGGAGAUACUAAUACCAAAGGUGCUGCUUUCUUAGCCGAGGCAGAGGGUUACAUGAGAACACACUCUUUUGAAAGAGGAGGUGGCACACGACUGGCUACCCUGCAGGCCACUCUACUGCUAUAUGAAAGAUACUCCGUGCUAGGCAAUGAAGAUUUUGGCUACACCAUGCUUCAUCGAGCAAUAGAGAUGGCAGAAGAGCUUGGAAUCGUCAAUUCUGAAAAGCUCAGUUUAAGGAGCCACCAACUGUCAGAAGACAUGAUCAGGUCUAUCCAGCGUACCGCCUGGGGUAUCUUCCAAAUUGAUACCAUUGUUCAUACUAACUUUCUCAAACCGAGUCGUGUACGCGAAGUGAGUGUACCUCGACUCCCACGAGAAGAGAAUGGACACGAGGACUGGGCACCGUAUCCGAUAUCCAGCCACUCUCAGCCGUCCUAUAUGAAUCAAUAUUUCGAUGAGGCAUGCAAUUUGUCUUACAUUGCCCGGGACAUUUCCCGAAGUGUGCAAAUAGCAGAUGAGACGAGAGUCAGCUUGAAUCAGGUUAAGCAGGACGUAUAUAAUCGACUUUGUCAAUGGGAGACCGAUCUUCCGGAGAUAUUUGAUCCCAAAGGACAUCCAGCACCGCAUAUCCUACUACUCAGAAUGCGAUAUCAUGCCCUUAUGAUCAAUCUAUGUUGUGAUAACUUUGGGAAUUACUCUUCGUUCGCCACCAUGGAGAAACGAGUGCCUAUGAACCUGGAUCCAGGGAAGGGAACUACUGCACCCGAAGUGGCACUUGCAUCUGCACGACAGAUCUCGCUGAUAAUUCAACUGAUGCGGACACAGUAUGGCAUGAGAUACGUGCAUCAGUUCGCCAUGUACGCAAUAAACGUCGCGAUAUACACCUUGCUUGAGCAGGCGGACUUCGACAUUCUCGACCCUGACUUCCUCCAUCUCACUAAUGCAUUUGCGACUAUUUCGAGUCGCUCGCAGGUAGGGAAGAGUCUCUAUCACUUUUUCAAGCUGUCUGUGCGGUCUCGAGAUUCGGGUCAGAGACUGGCUACCCUCGAAGUUAUUCCUGCUGAGCUCAAGGAGAUUUUCGCACAAGCUCUCCAAGCUGGUGGAGCCAACUCCAAGACAGGACGGUCAGAUUCGAACCAGGAUUUGAAGGACAAUCCAUCGUCUAUGCCGUCUCCGGGGUUGAAAGAUAUGAUUGGGGAGUAUGAGAAACUCAGCGUCGGCAAAGAGGAGAGGCCUUUUGAUCACCGUGAGAGUGGCAAUUUUGAAUUUUGA